GUGUACCAAGUGACCAGUGUGGGUGCCGGAGGUGGUACACACAGCUGCACACGGGGCUGGUGUGGGCGUGCAGGUGUGCUGGUCACAGAUCACUCUACAAGUAAUACAAUGCCUCGUCAGGAACCAGAAGAAUAUCAGUUUAUUCACCGGAGAGCUGGCCAUGUUAUGGUGGCUUAUGAUAAUCGCUUAUUCGUAUGGGGCGGCUACAUGGAGCUGCCUCACUCUGAAUCCUACACCCUUAUGACACCCAGCAAGUGCUUAUAUCAUAGUGCCAUAGAUGUUUUUAUGUAUGAUCCUCUGCUCAAUACAUGGACCCGUCGCAUGAGUAAUGGGCAUAUUCCACUACAGCUCUCGGGAUCAUGUGCGGCAGUUCACCAUCAGCACAUGUAUCUUUUUGGAGGCUGGACUAAUAAUACAUCAGACGAGUAUGAAAAUAGUUCCAAUUCCUUGUGGCGACUUCACCUACCUUCAUUAACUUGGGAGUUGCUGUUUCCUGAGGGUAUACCACCAUUUCCCUGUGACAAGGCUGCCUGCUGGGUCUUCAAAAAUAGGUUCUAUGUGUUUGGAGGUUUUGGCCCAGCAAGAGAAUUACACUCAAUGUCUGGCGUGAAGGUCACUUUUGUACGUGACAAUAUUUUCCCAAGUGGCUGGAUAGAUCAACUGGUAUAUUAUGAUAUAGAAAAUAAUAAAUGGGUGUGGCCUGAGACGCAAGGUCCCAAGCCGUCUCCUCGAGCUGCACACACAGCAGAUGUAACUGAUGACAAGGUGUUCAUAUUUGGAGGUCGGUUUAAAGAAGCUAGAAUGAAUGAUUUACAUUGCUUGGAUCUUACCAAUAUGAUAUGGAGUGGCAACUUGACUGAGAGCGCGGUUCAAGAAACUCCUGAGGGUCGUUCCUGGCACACGUUCAAUUUUGUAUCUGAAAAUAAGGCAGUUAUAUAUGGUGGCUUCAAUACAUCUCAACAAGUUCUAAAGGACAUCUGGGUGCUAGAUGUUAACAAUGGAAAAUGGCAGCAGUCACACAAUGUGCACGCAGGGCCUGUACUGUGGCAUACUUCAGCUGUUGGAUUCCCUGGAGAAGUGACAUUCUAUGGAGGAAUUAAAAACAAUCUUCUGGACUAUUCACAACCAAAAGACCAUGCUGAAGAUUUAUUGGUAUUAAGAUUUAGUCCACCCAGUCUGCAAAGAUUGGGUAUUGAGGUUGUUGGUAAGCACAGAGAGAAGCUUCAAGAGCAGUGGCAUCUCUUACCCCAGACACUUCAGCAUAUCCUUGAGGUUCGCUCUUGUUCAAACAGUAUCAACAACAAUCCACCAUCAGUAAUGUUGAUCCAACAUUAGUAACAUUGAUGUAACAUCGACAACUUCAGUAGUGGUCCAACAUCGAGAAACACUGUACUGUGAAACCACAAGACUAAUAUAGGUGAGAGACUAUAUCGAGGCUGUCUGAUAAGACCGAACUUGCAUCGCACACGCGCACAGUCACUCACACACUAGUGUGAGUGUGUGCACUCUCUCUCUCUCUCUCUCUCUCUCUCUCUCUCUCUCUCUCUCUCUCUCUCUCUCUCUCUCUCUCUCUCUCUCUCUCUCUCUCUCUCUCU